CCGGUUACUAUGGUGACGCCAUCAGUGCCAAGGACUGCCACAAGUGUGAGUGUAAUCAGUGUGGGACAGCAUCAUGUGAUGACAGGACAGGAGUGUGUCACUGUAAACCAGGAGUUACAGGUCGUCUGUGUGAUCGCUGUGAGGAUGGUCACUCUGGGUUCAGUAGCUGUAUGGGCUGUAGGAGGUGUGUGUGUGCAACUGCAGCUCUGCACUCGUCCUGUAACACACUCACUCAGGCGUGUCAGUGCCGCCCGGGGGCCGGAGGACGCUACUGCGAGAGCUGCUUACCAGGCUACUGGGACUACACACACACUGGCUGCAAGAAGUGCGACUGUCCCGAGGGGAACUGUGACGUCCACACUGGAGAGUGUCUACCUGAGAUGUCUCAGGUCAGCGAGUGCAGCAUUGACUGUGAUGAGUGUAUCUGGCACCUGAUUGGUGAUGUACGUCAGUCCAAUAAAACAGUGGAUCAGUUGAGGAACAGCAUCCUGAACAUCUCUACUGGAGCUGCAGCAUACGAUCGCCUCAAAUACUACAACUACACUGCACACACUCUCAGGGUGCAGUUUGUAGGAUGGAGGAAUAAAUCAGUGGUGAUGAGGAAACACACGGGAGAGCUGGAGGAGGAAACACCACACCUUGUGACUGACACAGAGCUGCUCACACACCAGGAGGAGGUUGUGAUGUCAGUAGGGAUGCAGGUGGAUAGUGACACACUCCACAGCUUCACAUUAGCCGAGAUGCUAGCGGUUAAUCUGACGUCCCUUAAUGUGUUAAUAGAAGACAUGAUCAGUGAUUGGGAGGUGUACAGUGUGCAGCAGGAAAUGGAUCCUGAGGAGCAGAAGCAGAAGGAGAGUGAAGCUGAACACAUGCUGAGUCACAUGAGAACCCAGAAUCUGUCACCCAAACACACACUCGCUACACAGGAGAAUGCACACACACACCAGCUUCUCCAGCAUGUGCGUGAGAUGGAGAAGAGUGUGUUGCUGAUGGAGGGACGACUUCCUGCAGUCAGAGAGUUGAUGAAGCGCUUUAGCUCGAGUCUCACACAUGGCCAGAAUCACCUCAACAAAGCACAUGACACACUGCAGCAAACACACAACACACACACACUCAACCUGCUCCACCUACAACGCAGAGAGGCUCACAAGCAUCGUCUAAUGGAGAAUUAUAACGGUGUCAAUCAGACUGUCAUGUCAGCCAAUGGCAUCUUAGUUGAGGCGUCUGUGGGCGUGGCAGAUUUGGGUAUCAUGGUUACGAAUGUGACGGAAUACCAUGCGGAGGUUGACGGCGCUGCAGCGUCGAUACAGGAGAGAACCGAUCAGCUCUCUAAAGCAGAUCACAAUUUAGUGCAGAGAGCUACUGAGCAUGCUCACGAGCUGCAGAGACACGCCCACGAACUGCAGCAUAAUCUGAAGGGCAGUGAUACACAUGGAUUUGUUCAGAAAGCUCUGGAAGCGUCGAACGUCUACGACAACAUCGUUAAAUACAUCGAUGAAGCUGACGUGAUCAGCAUGAGCACGCUGAACAUGUCCAACAGGACAGAGGAUGCCCUUGACGGUUUACAGUCCCAGCUGAACUUCCUCAAAACACAGAGCGGUCACACGUUUAAAGAGUCUGUCACACGCAACUCCGAAUACAAGGAGGUGGAGGUGAACGUCGCUGACGCCAAAAAAUACAUCGAGGAGACCAGAGAAAUGCUGCAGACGUCACGGGACACACUGGAGGAGCUCGUCACCAGUAUGAACACACUCCAGAGAGUCCGGAAGCUGCAGUCCACUCAGGAGGCAGCAGAGCGCGCUCUCAAUCACUCCGCUGAAGUUCUGGGGGUCAUUACCCCAAUUAGGGAACAAGUGGAUGAAUGGAGCAAAAACAUGAAGGACAAUCAGUACUCCACCUCCGCCUAUGAACAGGCCGUGGACUCCGCCCUUAACACAGUGGAAGGUCUGUCGAUAAUCGUACCUCAGUUGUUGACAAAGCUGCGUGAUGUGGAAGAAAAGAAACCAGUCAACGUGUCCACCAACAUCAUGAGGGUCAGAGAACUCAUCGCUCAGGCUCGCAGCGUCGCCAGCAAGGUGCAGGUAUCAAUGAAGUUUAAUGGUCAGUCCUCAGUGGAGCUCCACCCACCUGCUGAUGUAGCCGAGUUGAAGGCUGUGACCUCUAUUAGCCUGUAUGUGCGUGUGGACCCUGACUCAGACCCCAUCGAGGACCGCUUCCUGCUUUACCUCGGAGACAAGAAUGGCAAUAAGGACUACAUGGGCAUGGCUAUAAAGAAUGAUAACCUGGUGUUUGUGUAUAAAUUGGGUGGAGACGAUGUAGAAAUUCCACUCAGCUCCAAACCUGUGAGCUCCUGGCCUCCUGUGUUCAACCAUGUGAGAGUGGAGAGACUGGGUCGUCAUGGUAAGGUGUAUUUAACAGUCCCCAGUCAGGACACAGCGGCUGAGCAGAAGUUUAUACAGAAAGGGGAAUGGGACGGAACUGAAUCUCUGUUCCAGCUGGACCCCAGAGACACCGUGUUCAUCAUCGGAGGAGCUCCAAUGGAUGUCAAGCUCCCACCUGCUCUGAGUUUAGCUCCAUUUGUUGGCUGUGUUGAACUCUCCUCUCUCAAUAAUGAAGUCAUCAGUCUGUACAACUUCAAAAAACUGAAUGACAUGAACCUUGCUGUGUCCAAACCCUGUCCCAGGUAUAAGUUAGCGUUCUCUCAGGGCCGUGUAGCGAGUUACCUGUUUGAUGGAUCUGGUUAUGCGUUAGUGCGGAACAUUGAAAGGCGGGGCAGGAUCAGUGUUUUCACACGGUUUGACAUUGAAGUGCGCACAGUCACUCACAACGGAAUUCUCCUCCUCAUGGCUAACGAGGGUAAUUUCUUCGUACUGGAGAUGAGGAACGGGUUUCUGCGAUUGGUUUAUGAUUUCGGAUUUGUUAACGGUCCCAUCGUGUUGGAGGGGAACCUGACCAAACUGCAGAUCAACGACGCCAGAUACCAUGAGGUGUCGGUGAUCUACCACCAGUCUAAGAAGGUCAUUCUCCUGGUAGACCGGAGUUUCAUUAAAUCCACAGAGAACGAGAAGAAAACUCUGCCCUUUAACGAUAUUUACAUCGGGGGAGCUCCGUCAGAUAUGUUACAGUCACGGCCGGAGUUCUCCUCUCUGAUCGGACUGAAAGGAUGUGUAAAAGGAUUUCAGUUCCAGAAGAAAGACUUUAACCUGCUGGAGGAACCGGGGACCAUCGGCAUCAGCAGCGGCUGUCCAGAGGAGUCCUUUAUGUCACAUAAAGCAUACUUCACAGGUGAUGGUUAUUUGAGUUCCACAGCGAAAAUCUCUCCGUUCAGCUCGUUUGAAGGAGGAAUGAGCUUCAGAACAACGCAACCAUCUGGAUUACUGUUCUACCACAGAGACGGGACGGAUGAGUUCUCUCUCUCUCUGGAGAACGGUGCAGUAGUUCUUCACUCCAGAGGAACUAAAGUUAAAUCCAAGAAGCACUACAGUGAUGGGCGACCUCACUUCCUGGUCGCUUCUGUCACGAAGCAGAAGUACCAGCUGGUGGUAGAUGACCGAGACAAGCAGGAGAAGAAGAACCCGGGUUCUGCACUUCAAGGAGACGGAGUUAAGGAGUUCUACUACGGAGGAUCUGCUCAGAGCAACAUCAACAACUUCACUGGCUGUAUCAGUUAUGCUUACAUCAGCAGGCAGGACCGUGAUAUCGAGGCGGAGGAUUUCCAGCGUUACAGUGAGAAUGUGGGUGUGUCCCUGCAGGACUGUCCUGUGGAGAAGACGCCCCCUGCUGUACGACACACACGCUCUGCACGACACACUCCUUAUAACACUCACUCCCUUCCACACACUCCUGCAGCCUUACACCAGAUGAGCAUCGACCAACCUGUCCUGCCUCAAAGCAUUCUGGGAGUGCAGGAUGACCCUUUGUUUGCUCCAGAGGUGGAGGCCACAUCUUGUUACCUCUCAUCCCGCCCACGUGCUAUCAGGAACGCCCAUUAUUUUAGUAGCAACAGUCGGCAAAGUUAUGAUGGCAUUGCUGAGGUCAUUAGAGAAAGGUUAAAGUUCUCUGUGUCAGUGAGGACACGCUCGUGGCGGGGGAUGAUUGUGGCUAUGCAUGGUGCGAGUGAUGAAGACUUUAUUGCACUCUUCCUUCAUGACGGUAAACUCGUCUUCAUGUUUUCCUCCGCACGAGACGUCCUGCGGCUCAGCAGCACAGACACAUACAACGAUGGAAGCUGGCAUAACGUGGUGUUUAUCAGAAAGGGUAACAGAGGGCUGUUGGUUGUGGACGGUGUGUUAGUGAUGGAGGAUAAAACUCAGAGUGACGACUUCACCCUGAACCUGCAGAAUCCACUGUAUGUGGGCAGCCUUCCAGGUGGAUACACCAACAAGAACAUGGAGGUGACAGCCGGGUUCUCAGGGUGUCUGAGAGAUCUGCGUCUGAAUGACCACUUCCUCUUGUCUGUCCCCAUCAGUUACCGGGUGACGCCGUGUUUAGAGGGAAAGACUGAAGAGGGAAUGUUUUUCUUUAAGGAGGGAGGACAUGCACAGCUGUACACGCCCAUCAAUGUGGGUGAGCGGUUGGAAGUGGUGAUGGAGUUCCGCCCCCGUGUGGCCACAGCAUUGUUACUGCACUUAUACAUCAAACCUGAGGUGAACCUCAGCCUCUACCUGCAGAAUGGCCAGGUGUUUGUGCAGGUGAAUAAAGAAACGUGCACGGUGAAUGUUCCUGCCGAAAAUGGCGUAUGUGAUGGCAACUGGCACAGGGUCAAAGUGGUGAGGCAGGGCAGUGAACUGAUUGUGGAUGUGGACGGGGAACAGAAGCGUGUAAACAGUACGAGCGUUCCGCUGAAGAAGGACAGAGUGUUAAUGCCACUUUACAUUGGGGGAGCACCAAAAAACACCAUAGAGCCUGUUAGUGUGACGAUGAAGAGCAGCUACGUAGGCUGUGUGAGGAACGUGUCCAUCAACCAGCUCAGCAUUAAGAACAAACACACACUGUUCACUGAAGGAGUCAUUACUGUGGACGGCUGUCCUGUGGCCUGAUGAUGUCAUCACAGGAAAAUCUCCACCCCCUCACCUGUUCUGUUCUGUAUAUGCUAGUCAUGUGACUAUAUUCAUUCAUAUUAUCAACUGCCAUGUAAUACACACACACAUACACACAUUAUUUUAUCUUUAUUUGCCCUUUAACCUCUUUAUUUAGAUCAUUAUUAUCUUGUCAGCAGAACAGUUUAAAUGUAAUGUGUUCCUCAGACCACCAGGUCACCAGGUCAUGAGUUAAUGCUGAAAUGAUAAUAUUUCCUGUGAAAGUCUCAGCAGCUGCUGGAAAUAAUAAGAACACAUCUUAUCGUCUGGAAGAAACAGUAAUUAUACACCUAACAUCCAUUUCUGUUUGUUUACUUAUCAAUCUCUCAACUCAUUAUUUCAUUAUUUUUUUACACAAAUGUCCCUUUAAAAAAAUAAAUAAGUGCUUCUUUUUAAAAACAA